AUGUUCGAGUUGGUAAAGGGUCGCGGCCGCAACGUGUUCGCCUCCAGCGACGCAGUCAUCUAUUUGUUCAAUGGCUUCAGAUAUUCCGGCAUUAAUCCACCCGACAAAUAUCGUAAACAGUAUUUCUUCUACACAAUCCUAACAUUUUCGCUUGUAAUCUUCUCGCCAGUUAUUAGCAAUAUUGGCUUGGUACGCGAUCGAAAUAAGCUCUCCGUCAUGGAAAUAUUAAAUGGCCUGCAAGCCUCCAUAAAUAUCGUGGCUUUACCGAUUAAACGUACCGUUUUAACAAUGGCACAAAAGCGUCUGCGUAGCGUUGAGCCAAUAUUAAAUAAACUCGAUGAACGUUACACCCGACCCGAGGACAAGCUAAAGAUACGCGAAUGUGCCAUAAUGGGUAAUCGACUUGUUUUGGGUUUUGCAGUUGCAUUUCCCAUGUAUUACGCUCUGUCGCUUGUCGCCGCAUUGGUGGAUAGGCAUGUGCCGGUAUCGUUUUGGAUUCCGAAUGUGGAUUGGCGUAGAUCCUUGUGGGAAUAUUGGCUACAAGUUGGCUUUGAUACAAGCCUGGGUUUAUUUUUGAUAUAUCAAGAAGUUUUGAGCGACUCAUAUCCGUCUGUUUAUAUUUACAUUAUACGCACGCAGAUACAACUUUUGGCAGAUCGUAUGGAACGUUUGGGUUAUGAUGAGCAGAAAAGUUCAGAUGAUAAUUACAAUGAGCUUUUAGAAUGCAUUGUUAUGCAUCAGGAAAUAUUAAGAAUUGCCGAAAUCGUGGGAUCUAUUAUAUCUGUGACGGUAUUCACGCAGCUUCUGUUUACUGCGACCAUUCUUGGCAUCACAAUGAUUAACAUUGCCAUUUUUGCUGAUUUGGCGACCAAGAUUGCUGCAAUCAUUUAUUUGUUGUGCGUACUCAUGCAAACUUCGCCAACUUGUUAUCACGCGUCAUUUUUGCUGGUUGAUUGCGAAAAGUUGUGCCAAGCUAUUUUCAAAUGCAACUGGUUUGCACAAAAUAAGCGCUUCAAUAAUUUGCUAAUCUACUUUUUACAUCGUUCUCAACAAUUAAUACCCUUUUUCGGUAUGAAAUUGGUGCCAAUAAAUUUGGCUACCAAUUUGUCGAUCGCAAAAUUUUCUUUUACACUUUUCACUUUCAUGGAAAAAAUGGGUCUUGGAGAGAACUUGAAGGACUAAUGGUGUGCGGUUGAUGCAAAGAAAAUAGAGGCAUAUUCAGCAUAUUUACAUAUG